GUUCCUCUCGCUAAGGGGAAGGUUCCUCACUGUUACGAGGACAAGGUUCCUCACUCCGAGGGCGGAGUUCCUCACUCUGAAGACAAGGUUCCGUACUCUGAGGAAAAGGUACCUCACCCUGAGGGCAAGGUUCCUCACUAUGGGGACAAGCUUUCUCGCUCUGAGGACAAGGGUUCUCACUCUGAAUGGAAGUCCCUCACACUGAGGACAAGGUUCCUCACUCUGAAUACAGGUUCCUCUCGCUAAGGGGAAGGUUCCUCACUGUUACGAGGACAAGGUUCCUCACUCCGAGGGCGGAGUUCCUCACUCUGAAGACAAGGUUCCGUACUCUGAGGAAAAGGUACCUCACCCUGAGGGCAAGGUUCCUCACUAUGGGGACAAGCUUUCUCGCUCUGAGGACAAGGGUUCUCACUCUGAAUGGAAGUCCCUCACACUGAGGACAAGGUUCCUCACUCUGAAUACAGGUUCCUCUCGCUAAGGGGAAGGUUCCUCACUGUUACGAGGACAAGGUUCCUCACUCCGAGGGCGGAGUUCCUCACUCUGAAGACAAGGUUCCGUACUCUGAGGAAAAGGUACCUCACCCUGAGGGCAAGGUUCCUCACUAUGGGGACAAGCUUUCUCGCUCUGAGGACAAGGGUUCUCACUCUGAAUGGAAGUCCCUCACACUGAGGACAAGGUUCCUCACUCUGAAUGCAGGUUCCUCUCUCUAAGGGCAAGGUUCCUCACUGUUACGAGGACAACGUUCCUCACUCCGAGGACAAGGUUCCUCACUCUGAAAACAAGGUUCCGUACUCUGAGGAAAAGGUUCCUCACACUGAGGGGAAGGUUCCUCACCCUGACGACAAUGUUCCUCACUAUGGGGCCUAGGUUCGUCACUCUGAGGACAAGGUUCCUCACUGAGAAGGCAAGUUCCUCACACUGAGGACAAGGUUCCUCACUCUGAAGGCAGGUUCCUCUCUAAGGGCAAGGUUCCUCACUCUGAGGACAAGGUUCGUCACUCUGAGAACAAGGUUCCUUACUCUGAGGACAAGGUUCCUCACUCUGAGGACAAGGUUCCUUACUCUGAGCACAAGGGUCGUCACACUGAGGACAAGGUUUCUCACACUGAGGACAAAGUUCCUCACUCUGACAACAAGUUUCCUCACACUGAGAACAAGGUUCCUCACACUGAGGACAAGGUUCCUCACUCUGACAACAAGGUUCUUCAGUCUGACGAUAAGGUUCCUCACGCUUUGACAAGGUGCUUCACACUGAGGACAAGGUUCCUCACUCUGAGAACAAGGUUCCUCACUCUGAGGACAAGGUUCCUGACACUGAGGAAAAAGGUUCCUCACACUGAGGUUAAGGUUCCUCACUCUGAGGACAAGGUUCCUCACUCUGAGGAAAAGGUUCGUCCCUCUGAGCUCAAGGUCCUUCACAGUGAGAACAAUGUUUCUCACACUGAGGACAAUGUUCCUCACUCUGAGGACAAGGUUCCUCACUCUGACAACAAGGUUCUUCAGUCUGACGAUAAGGUUCCUCACGCUGGGACAAGGUGCUUCACACUGAGGACAAGGUUCCUCACUCUGAAAACAAGGUUCCUCACUCUGAGGACAAGGUUCCUGACACUGAGGAAAAAAGUUCCUCACACUGAGGAGAAGGUUCUUCACUCUGAGAACAAGGUUCCACACACUGAGGACAAGGUUCCUCACCCUGAAGACAAGGUUCCUCACACUGAGGACAAGGUUCCUCACUCUGAGGACAAGGUUCCUCACUCUGAGGACCAGGCUCUUCACAAGGAGGACAAGGUUCCUCACACUGAGGACAAUGUUCCUCACUCCGCGAACAAGGUUCCUCACACUGAGGUUAAGGUUCCUGACUCUGAGGAGAAGGUUCCUCACUCUGAGGAAAAGGUUCGUCCCUCUGAGCUCAAGGUUCUUCACAGUGAGAACAAAGGUUCUCACAAUGAGGACAAUGUUCCUCAUUCUGAGGACAAGGUUCCGCCCUCUGAAGGCAGGUUCCUCAGACUGAGGACAAGGUUCCUCGCUCUGAGAACAAGGUUCCUCACUCUGAGGACAAGGUUCCUCACUCUGAGAACAACGUUCCUCACUCUGAGGACAAGGUUCCUCACCCUGAGGACAAGGUUCCUAACUCUGAGGACAAGGUUUCUCAUUCUGAGGAAAAGGUUCCUCACUCUGAAGUCAGGUUCCUCACUCUGAGGACAAGGUUCCUCACUCUCAGGACAAGGUUCCUCACGCUGAGGACAAGGUUCCGCACUCUGAGAAGAAGGUCCCUCACUCUGAGGACAAGGUUCCUCACUCUGAGGACAGGGUUCUUCACUCUGAGGAAAAGGAUCCUCACACUGAGGACAAGGUACCUCACUCUGAAGACAAGGUUGCUCACUCUGAGGAAUAGGUUCAUCACUCUGAGGACAGGUUCCUCACUCUGAGGACAAGGUUCAUCACUCUGAGGAGAAGGUUCCACACUCUGAGGAUAAGGUUCCUCACUCUGAAGGCAGGUUCCUCACUCUGAGGACAAGGUUCCUCACUCUGACAACAAGGUUCCUCACUCUGAGGACAAGGUUCCUCAGACUGAGUACAAGGUUCCGCACUCUGAAGGCAGGUUCCUCACACAGAGGACAAGUUUCCUCGUUCUGAGGACAACAUUCCUAACUCUGAGGACAAGGUUCCUCACACUGAGGACAAAGUUCCUCACUAUGAGGACAAGGUUGCUCAUUCUGAGGACAAGGUUCCUCACUCUGAAGACAAUGUUCCUCACUCUGAAGUCAGAUUCCUCACACUGAAGACAAGGUUCUUCACUCUGAGGACAAGGUUCUUCACACCGAGGACAAGCGUCCGCACUCUGACAACAAGGUUCCUCACUGUGAGGGCUAAGUUCCUCACUCUGAGGACAAGGUUCCUCACUCUGAGGAAAACGUUCCUCACACUGAGGACAAGGCUCCUCACUCUGAGGACAAGGCUCCUCACUCUGAGGACAAGGUUCCUGAUACUAAAGACAAGGUCCCUCACUCUGAGAACGAGGUUCCUCACUCUGAGGACAAGGUUUCUCACUCUGAGGACAAGGUUCCUCACUCUGAGGACAAGGUUCUUCACACUGAGGAAAAGGUUCCUAACUCUCAGGAAAACGUUCCUCACACUGAGGACAAGGCUCCUCACUCUGAGGACAAGGCUCCUUUCUCUGAGGACAAGGUUCCUCACACUGAGGAGAAGGUUCCUCACUCUGCGGACAAGGUUCCUCACACUGAGGACAAGGUUCCUCACUCUGACGACAAUGUUGCUCACUAUGAGGACAAGGAUCCUCACUGUGAGGACAAGGUUCCUUACUCUGAGAACAAGGUUCCUCACUCUGAGGAUAAGGUUCCUCACUCUGAAGUCAGGUUCCUCACUCUGAGGACAAGGUUCCUCACUCUGACAACAAGGUUCCUCACUCUGAGGACAAGAUUCCUCACACUGAGUACAAGGUUCCGCACUCUGAAGGCAGGUUCCUCACACAGAGGACAAGUUUCCUCUUUCUGAGGACAACAUUCCUAACUCUGAGGACAAGGUUCCUCACACUGAGGACAAGGUUCCUCACUAUGAGGACAAGAUUGCUCAUUCUGAGGACAAGGUUCCUCACUCUGAGGACAAUGUUCCUCACUCUGAAAUCAGGUUCCUCACACUGAAGACAAGGUUCUUCACUCUGAGGACAAGGUUCUUCACACUGAGGACAAGGUUCUUCACACUGAGGACAAGCGUCCGCACUCUGACAACAAGGUUCCUCACUGUGAGGACUAGGUUCCUCAGUCUGAGGACAAGGUUCCUCACUCUGAGGAAAACGUUCCUCACACUGAGGACAAGGCUCCUCACUCUGAGGACAAGGCUCCUCACUCUGACGAUAAGGUUCCUGAUACUACAGACAAGGUACCUCACUCUGAGAACGAGGUUCCUCACUCUGAGGACAAGGUUUCUCACUCUGAGGACAAGGUUCCUCACUCUGAAAUCAGGUUCCUCACUCUAAGGACAAGGUUCCUCGCUCUGAGGACAAGGUUCUUCACACUGAGGAAAAGGUUCCUCACUCUCAGGAAAACGUUCCUCACACUGAGGACAAGGCUCCUCACUCUGAGGACAAGGCUCCUUUCUCUGAGGACAAGGUUCCUCAGUCUGAGGAGAAGGUUCCUCACUCUGCGGACAAGGUUCCUCACACUGAGGACAAGGUUCCUCACUCUGACGACAAUGUUGCUCACUCUGAGGACAAGGUUCCUCACUGUGAGGACAAGGUUCCUCACUCUGAGGACAAGGUUCCUCACUCUCAGGACAUGGUUCCUCACUCUGAGGACAAGGUACCUCACUCUGAGGACGAUGUACCUCACACUAAGGACAAGGUUCCUCACCCUGAAAACAAGGUUCCUCACUCUGAGAACAAGGUUCCUCACUCUGAGAACAAGGGUUCCUCAAUCUGAGGACAAGAUUCCUCACACUGAGGACAAGUUUCUUCACUCUGAGAAGAAGGUUCCUCAUUUUGAGGACAAGGUUCCUCACUCUGAGGGCGAAGUUCCCCACACUGAGGACAAGUUACCUCACUCGGAGGACGAGGUCCUCACUCUGAGGACAAGGUCCUCACUCUGAGGACAAGGUUCCUCGCUCUGAGGACAAGGUUCCUCACUCUGAGGACAAGGUUCCUCACUCUGAGGACAAGGUUCCUCACUCUGAGCUAAAGGUUCCUCACACUGAGGACAAGUGUCCUCGCUCUGAGGACAAGUUUCCUCACCCAGAGGACAAGGUUCCUCACACUUAGGACAAGGUUCCUCACUCUGAAAACAAGGUUUCACACUCUGAGGACAAGGUUUUUCACACUGAGGACAAGGGUCCGCACUCUGACAACAAGGUUCCUCAAUCUGAGGACAAGGUUCCUCACUCUGAGGACAAGGUUCCUCACUCUGAGGAAAACGUUCCUCACACUGAGGACAAGGCUACUCAGUCUGAGGACAAGCCUCCUCACUCUGAGAACAAGGUUCCUCACUCUUUGGAGAAGGAUCCUCACUCUGAGGACAACGUUCAUCCCUCUGAGGACAAGGUUCCUCACUCUGAGGACAAGGGUCCUCACUCUAAGGACAAGGGUCUUCACACUGAGGACAACUUUCCUCACUCUGACGACAAGGUUCCUCACUCUGAGGAGAAGGUCCUCACCCUGUGGGCAAGGUUCCUCACACUGAGGACAAGUUUCCUCACCCUGAGGACAAGGAUCUUCACUCUGAGGACAAGCUCCUCACUCUGAGGACUAGGUUCCGCCCUUUGAAGGCAGGUUCCUCAGACUGAGGACAAGGUUCCUCGCUCUGAGGUCAAAGUUCCUCACUCUGAGGACAAGGUUCCUCACACUAAAGACAAAGCUCCUCACUCUGAGAACAAGGUUCCUCACUCUGAAGUCAGGUUCCUCAAUUUUGAGGAAAAGCUUCCUCACUCUGAGGACAAGGUUCUUCACACUGAGGACAAGGUUCCGCACUCGGAGAAGAAGGUUCAUGACUCUGAGGAAAAUGUUCCUCACACUAAGGACAAGGUUCCUCACACUAAAGACAAGGUUCCGCACUCUGAAAACAAGGUUCCUCACUCUGAAGACAAGGUUUCUCACUCUGACGACAAGGUUCGUCACUCUGAAUUCACGUUCCUCAAUUUUGAGGAAAAGGUUCCUCACUCUGAGGACAAGGUCCUUCACACUGAGGACAAGGUUUCUCACUCUGAGGACAAGGUUCCUCACUCUGAGGACAAGGUUCCUCACUCUGAGGACAAGGUUCCUAACUCUGAGGACAAGUUUCUUCACACUGAGGACAAAGGUCCGCACUCUGACAAUAAGGUUCAGCACUCUGAGCACAAGGCUCCUCACUCUGAGGACAAGGCUCCUCACUCUGAGGACAAGGUUCCUCACUCUGAAAGCUGGUUCAUCACUCUGAGGACAAGGUUCUUCAUACUGAGGACAAGGUUUCUCACACUGCGGACAAGGUUCCUCACUCUGAGAACAAGGUUCCUCACACUGAGGACAAGGUUCCUCACACUAAGGACAAGGUUCCUCACUCUGAAAACAAGGUUCCUCACUCUGAGAACAAGGUUCCUCACUCUGAGAACAAGGGUUCCUCAAUCGGAGGACAAGGUUCAUCACACUGAGGACAUGGUUCCUCACAUUGAGAACAAGGUUCCUCACUGUGAGAACAAGGUUCCUCACUCUGAGGGCAAGGUUCCUCACACUGAGGACAAGUUUCCACACUCUGAGGACAAGGUUCCUCACUCCGAGAAGAAGGUUCCUCACUUUGAGGACAAGGUUCCUCUUUCUCAGGGCAAGGGUCCUCACUCUGAGGACAAGGUUCCUCACUCUGAGGACAAGGUUCCUCACUCUGAGGAAAAGGUUCCUCCCACUGAGGACAAGGCUUCUCACUCUGAGGACACGGUUCUUCACCCUGAGGACAAGGUUCAUCACUCUGAGGACAAGGUUCCUCACUCUGAGGACAAGGUUACGCACUCUGAAGGCAGGUUCCUCACACUGAGGAGAAGUUUCCUCGUUCUGAGGACAAGUUUCCUCACUCUGAGGAUAAGGUUCUUCACACUGAGGACAAGGUUCCCCACUCUGAAGACAAGGUUCCUCACUCGGAGGACAAGCUUUCUCACUCUCAGGACAAUGUUCCUCACUCUGAAGUCAGGUUCCUCACUCUGAAGACAAGGUUCCACACUCUGAGGACAGGGUCCUUCAAACUGAGGAGAAUGCUCCGCACCCUGACAACAAGCUUCCUCACUCUGAGGACAAGGUUCCUCACUCUGAGGACAAGGUUCCUCACUCUGAGGAAAACGUUCCUCACACUGACGACAAGGCUCCUCACUCUGAGGACAAGGCUCCUCACUCUGAGGACAAGGUUCCUCACUCUGAGGACAGGGUCCUUCACACUGAGGAGAAGGCUCCGCACCCUGACAACAAGCUUCCUCACUCUGAGGACAAGGUUCCUCACUCUGAGGACAAGGUUCCUCACUCUGAGGAAAACGUUCCUCACACUGACGACAAGGCUCCUCACUCUGAGGACAAGGCUCCUCACUCUGAGGACAAGGUUCCUCACUCUGAGGACAGGGUCCUUCACACUGAGGAGAAGGCUCCGCACCCUGACAACAAGCUUCCUCACUCUGAGGACAAGGUUCCUCACUCUGAGGACAAGGUUCCUCACUCUGAGGAAAACGUUCCUCACACUGACGACAAGGCUCCUCACUCUGAGGACAAGGCUCCUCACUCUGAGGACAAGGUUCCUCACUCUGAGGACAGGGUCCUUCACACUGAGGAGAAGGCUCCGCACCCUGACAACAAGCUUCCUCACUCUGAGGACAAGGUUCCUCACUCUGAGGACAAGGUUCCUCACUCUGAGGAAAACGUUCCUCACACUGACGACAAGGCUCCUCACUCUGAGGACAAGGCUCCUCACUCUGAGGACAAGGUUCCUCACUUUGAGGAGAAAGUUCCUCACUCUGAGGACAAGGUUCCUCACACUGAGGACAAGGUUCCUCAGACUGAGCACAAGGUUCCUCGCUCUGAGGAAAGGUUGCUCACACUAAAGACAAGGUUCCUCACUCUGAGAACAUGGUUCCUCGCUCUGAGGACAAGGUUUCUCACUCUGAUGAAAAGGUUCCUCACCCUGAGGCAAGGCUCCUCACUCUGAGGACCAGGUUCCUCACUCUGAGGACAAGGUUCUUCACUCUGAGGACAAGUUUCUCACUCUGAGAACAAGUUUCCGCACUCUGAAGGCAGAUUCCUCACACUGAGGACACGUUUCCUCGUUCUGACGACAAGUUUCCUCACUCUGAGGACAAGGUUCCUCACAUUGAUGACAAGUUUCCUUACUCUGGGGACAGGAUUACUCACACUGAGGACAAGUUUCCUCACUCUGAGGACAAGGUUCCUCACACUGAGGACAAGGUUCCUCACUCUGAGGACAAGGUUUCUCACUCUGAGGAAAAGGUUCCUCACACUGAGGACAAGGUUCCGCACUCUGACAACAAGUUUCCUCACUCUGAGGACAAGGUUCCUCACUCUGAGGACAAAGUUCCUCACUCUGAGCAAAGGUUCCUCACACUGAGGACAAGGAUCCUCACACUGAGGACAAGUUUCCUCGUUCUGAGGACAAGUUUUCUCACUCUGAGGACAAUGUUCCUCACACUGAGGACAAGCUUGCUAACUCUGAGGACAAUUUACCUCAAUCUGAGGUCGAGGUUCCUCACACUGAGGACAAGCUUCCUCACACUGAAGACGAGUUUCCUCACUCUGAGGACAAGGUUCCUCACUCUGUGGACAAGGUUCUUCAGUCUGAGGACAACGUUCCUCGCUAUGAGGACAAGGUUCCGCUCUCUGAAAGCAGCUUCCGGACACUGAGGACAAGUUUCCUCACUCUGAGGGCAAGGUUCCUCAUUCUGAGGGCAAUGUUCCUCACUCUGAAGCCAGGUUCCUCACUCUGAAGACAAAGUUCCUCACUCUGAGGACAAGGUUUUUUACACUGAGCACAAGGGUCCACACUCUGACAACAAGGUUCCUCACUCUGAGGACAAGGUUCCUCACUCCGAGGACAAGGUUUCUCACUCUGAGGACAAGGUUCCUCACUCUGAAGCCAGGUUUUUCAUUCUGAGGACCAGGUUCCUCACUCUGAGGACAGGAUUCUUCACACUGAGGACAAGGUUCCACACUCUGACAACAAGAUUCCUCACUCUAAGGACAAGGUUGUUCACACUGACCACAAGGGUCCGCAUUCUUACAACAAGGUUCCUCACUCUGAGGACAAGGUUCCUCACUCUGAAGACAAAGUUCCUCACUCUGAGGACAAGGUUUUUCACACUGAGCACAAGGGUCCGCACUCUGACAACAAGGUUCCUCACUCUGAGGACAAGGUUCCUCACUCCGAGGACAAAGUUUCUCACUCUGAGGACAAGGUUCCUCACUCUGCAGCCAGGUUUUUCACUCUGAGGACCAGGUUCCUCACUCUGAGGACAGGAUUCUUCACACUGAGGACAAGGUUCUUCACUCUGAGGACAAGGUUCCUCGCUAUGAAGACAAGGUUCCGCUGUCUGAAAGCAGGUUCCUCACACUGAGGACAAGUUUCCUCGUUCUGAGGGAAAGUUUCCUCACUCUGACGACAAGGUUUCUCACUGUGAGGACAAGUUUCUUCAAUCUGAAGUCAGGUUACUCACUCUGAGGACAAGGUUCCUCACACUGAGGACAAGGUUCUUCACACUGAGAUCAAGGUUCCGCUCUCUGAGAAGAAGUUUCAUGACUCUGAGGACAAGGUUCCUCACUCUGAGGACAAGGUUCCUCACUUUGAAGAAAAGGUUCCUCACACUGAGGACAAGGUUUCUCACUCUGAGGACAAGGUUCCUCACCUUGAGGACAAGGUUCCUCACUCUGAGGACAAGGUUCCGCACUCUGAAGGCAGGUCCCUCACUCUGGGGAAAACGUUCCUCACUCUGAGGACAAGGCUCCUCAAUCUGAGGAGAAGGCUCCUCACACUGAGGACAAGGUUCCUCACUCUGAUGACAAGGUUCCUCACACUGAGGGCAAGGUUCCUCACACUGAGGACAAAGUUCCUCACUCUGAGGGCAACGUUGCUCACACUGAGGACAGGGUUCCUCACUCUGAGAACGAUGUUCCUCACUCUGAGGACAGGGUUCCUAACACUAAGCACAACGUUCAACACUCUGAAGACAAGGUUCCUCACUGUGAGGACAAGGUUCCUCACUGUGAGGACAAGGUUCCUCACUGUGAGGACAAGGUUCCUCACACUGAGGACAAGGUUCAUCACUCUGAGGACAAGGUUCUUCACACUGAGGACGAGGUUCUUCACACUGAGGACAAUGCUCCUCACUCUGAGGACAAGGUUCCUCAUUCCGAGGAGAAGGUUCCUCACACUGAGGAAAAGGUUCCUCACUCUGAGGACAAGUUUCCUCACUCGGAAAGCAGGAUCGUCACUCUGAGGACAAGGAUCAUCACUCUGAGGACAAGGUUCCUGACUCUGAGGACAAGGUGCUUCACACUGAGGACAAGGUUCCUCACACUGAGAACAAGGUACCUCAUUAUGAGGACAAGGUUCGUCCCUCGGAGGACAAGGUUCCUCACACUGAGGACAAGGUUCGUCAAUCUCAGGACAAGGUUCUUCACACUGAGGACAAGGUUCCUCACACUGAGGACAAGGUUCCUCACUCUGAGGACAUGGUUCCUCACACUGAGGACAAGGUUCCUCACUCUGUGGACAUGGUUCCUCCUCGGUCGACAAGGUUCCUCACCUGAGAACAAGGCUCCUCACACUGAGGACAAGGUUCCUCACUCUGAGGACAAGGUUCCUCACUCUGAAGAUAAGGUUCAUCUCUCUGAGGACAAGGUUCUUCACACUGAAGACGAGGUUCCUCACACUGAGGACAAGUUUCCUCACCCUGAGAACAAGGUUUCCCACUCUGCGGACCAGGUUUUUCACACUGAGGACAAGGUUCCUAACACUGAGGACAAGGUUCCUGACUCUGAGGACAAGGUGCUUCACACUGAGGACAAGGUUCCUCACACUGAAAACAAGGUACCUCAUUAUGAGGACAAGGUUCGUCCCUCGGAGGACAAGGUUCCUCACACUGAGGACAAGGUUCGUCAAUCUCAGGACAAGGUUCUUCACACUGAGGACAAGGUUCCUCACUCUGUGGACAUGGUUCCUCCUCGGACGACAAGGUUCCUCACUCUGAGAACAAGGCUCCUCACACUGAGGACAAGGUUCCUCACUUUGAGGACAAGGUUCCUCACUCUGAAGAUAAGGUUCAUCUCUCUGAGGACAAGGUUCUUCACACUGAAGACGAGGUUCCUCACACUGAGGACAAGGUUCCUCACUCUGAGAACAAGGUUUCCCACUCUGCGGACCAGGUUUUUCACCCUGAGGACAAGGUUCCUAACACUGAGGACAAGGUUCCUCACUCUGUGACAAAGGUUCCUCACACUGAUGACAAGGUUCCUCACUCUGAGAACAAGGUUCCUCAUUAUGAGGACAAGGUUCGUCCCUCGGAGGACAAGGUUCCUCACACUGACUUCCUCACAUCGAGGACAAUGUUUUUAAUCUGAGGACAAGGAUCCUCACUCUGAGGAUAAGGUUCCUCACCCUGAGGACAACGUUACUCACACUGAGGAAAGGUUCGUCACUCUGAGGACAAGGUUCUCACUGUGAGGAAAGGUUCCGCACACUGAGGACAACGUUCCUCAGUCUGAAGACAAUGUUUCUACACUGAGGACAAGGUUCCUCACACUGAGAACAAGGUUCCUCACUCUGAGUACAAGGUUGCUCACACUGAGGACAAGGCUCCUCACUCUGAGACAAGGCUCCUCACUCUGAGGACGAGGUUCCUCACUCUGAGGAGAUUGUUCCUCACUCUGAGGACAAUGUUCUUCACUCUGAGUACAAGGUUCCUCACUCCGAGCACAAGGUUCCUCACGCUGAGGACGAGGUACCUCACUCUGAGGACAAGGCUCCUCACUCUGAGGACGAGGAUGCUCACUCUGAAGACAGGUUCCUCACAUCGAGGACAAUGUUUUUAAUCUGAGGACAAGGAUCCUCACUCUGAGGAUAAGGUUCCUCACUCUGAGGACAACGUUACUCACACUGAGGACAAGGUUCGUCACUCUGAGGACAAGGUUCCUCUCUCUGAAGACAAGGUACCUCACACAGAGGACAAUGUUCCAUACUCUGAGGACAAGGUUCCUCACACUGAGGACAAGGUUCGUCAUUGUGAGGACAAGGUUGCUCACUCUGAGGACAAGUUUCCUCACUCUGAAGCAGGUUCUUCACUCUGA